AACUCACAGUAACGACAAAACUAAACGAUGAAGUCAGAUAAGCUCUGGAGUCGAUCACCAGUCGUCAAAACCGGAAAAUCCGAGUUGCCGGUUAUCAGAUUCAUCCGUGGAUACCUCGAGAAAAUCAAGGACAUAACCGGCGGUCCAGGAGUUGGCGGCGGUUUAGGCUGCGGAGCUGGGCUCGGUAUCGGUCUAACCGGCGGGCUCGGGUUAGACGCUUCUGAAGGGCUGAACCAUAGCAAUGUGGUGUUUGGAAUCGGAAUGGGUUGCGGUAUCGGGUUGGGGUUUGGGUACGGAUUUGGAGUUGGCGGCGGAAUCAAUUUCGAUGACAUUGGAGAUUAUUUGACCUAUGAGAAAAGCUCCGGUUCAAAGUCCGGGUCUGGUAAAGGAUUUUUUUUCAAUUGAUUAUUAAAGAAAUCUUUGUUAAUUAUCCAUUUUUUCAGUCAAAGUACUCGUCCGUGUUGUCUUCUUUAUUUUGGUUUAACCAUGUCUUUCGGUUUAUGUAUCUCAGUUCCGGUUUAAGUUCAUGUCUGUAAUCUUAUUUAUGGAAUCAUUGAGCCUUGUCUUCUGGGUUGUUUUCAACGA